AUUAACUUACCUCUGAGGCCGGAUCCCUCACCGCUUGCUUUGCCUAGUGGAUACGCUACUCGUGACCCGACGACUGCCUCAUCUUCUUCUACAAGGCUUUGAAUCCUUUCCAAUACUCUCUCAACAUUGCCGGCAUCGACUAUCAUCAACCUCCCAUCUCCCAAUCGGCUGCAACCAACGACCCCAUCGGCCGGCAUCUACAGCCAUCAUGAAUAGCCUGGCAACGCCCCCAAUCCCUCCUCAUUUUCACGAACACACUCGUCUCUCUCCUAGCAGGUCAAUGUCAGGCACCGCUCUCUCGAGGAAACGAAAAGCCUCGCCGUCACCAGACCGAGAUGAUGAAAUGACAACAUCCCCUUCUCUGUCCCACGCCCGACUGCCUCAGACCCUAACACCUUCAUCGAGAAAAAGAGUGCGUUCGAAUCUGGCUGGGCGACCACUGUCGGUGGACAGACUCCUUGAAACACUAGACAAAGACUCGUUAAGAUCUGUUUUGAAAACGCUAUGUGAUCGAAAUCCUGGUUUAAAAGAUGAGGUCGCCCAGGUCAGUCCUCGACCUAGCAUUCAGAGUACACUGCAAGUCCUACGACAGUAUUACGAUCGAUUGCUACAGUCGUUCCCUCUCGGUCCUAACCCCCGAUCUGAUUACGCAUACGAUCGAGUACGGCCUCAAUGGCAUGAUUUGCUUGAAGCCCUUACAGAUUUUACACCACAUUUUCUGCCACCAAACGAACAGCAGUCGUCGGUGUCACUGGAUUACUUGCAUGGCGUCACAAAUAUUAUCCAUGACCUUCCUGAAUGGGACAAUCCAGCAUACAACCUGGCUAAACAGAACGCUUACGAAGAAAUUUCGAGAGCUUGGGCUGCUGUUAUCAAAGAAGCCAGUAAGAGAGGGGGCGGUAUUCAGCUACAGUACAAUGGCUGGGAGGAGAAGUUGAGGGCACAUAACGACAAGAGCGGUGGUCGAUUAAGAGAAGCCUAUGAAGCACUUGUUGAUGCUCUCGGCUGGUUAAGACCUGCGCCUCAGCCAACGGCGCAACAAAGCAUUCGACAACAACUGAUUUCCAACACUUAUGGUACCGAGCAGCCGAUUAUACGGACUGGCAAUUGGUGAGAAGAGGAACGACGUGAAAGUUUCCUCAAAGCACAGAAAUGCAUCACAAACAAAAUUGUGCAGCAGACGUCAUCCACAACCACGUCCGAAGAAAGUCCCUUCGAGGUUGACCAUGGCGGAUACCUCUUGCAAGACGAACAACACAUCCAGCAUCUGAACGCAGCAGAUCAUGUCAUCACGAAUUUCCUUUGCCGUUGCGUGGUACCAUUGAAACACCUCGCAUUUCCAGCAUUUACGAUUUGAAACGGUCAUUGUCCAACAUUGAAUUAUUGUUUGAUUUCUUCGGCCGAAGGAUGAGUCGGACCAAUACAUCCAAUUCCAUCAAUCCUUGGGCGUUUUUGGUAGGCAGCACUCAGCACAUGGGACGGGUGGAAGUUGGGGAGUGCACAAGGCCACAACAUUUUCAUUCAUUCACGUCAGAUGGGGGUUUUGCUCUAAUUCUUCAGCAAAGGAUACUUCAGACCCACAAGGGAAGCACACUGUGGGUCGUAACCCUGAUCAGGAACGAACAGAGUAUUCGUACAGCACUCGAUUUCGAGUAGAUAGUUGGUGAUACCUCAGGAUUGAAGUGGGUUAUACAGCUCGUCUACCCUUCCUGGCCAUCUCACAAGUGUUGCCGAGCCCCGGUUUAGACUACUUGUGUUUUUCUAGUCCCUUGCGUGUAAAGCAAGCGAUUCACGGAAUUGAAAUUCAGGCAUGGCUCGACUAGGUAGUCCGCGAUCCCCUCGGUCCAUAGCAUCCCAAGAU